GUCGACCUGAUUUUCGUUAUAUAAAAUUGGGAAUGGUUUACUUAUAGCCUACGUCGGCCAUAAUGGCUAUUAUGCAACUUCCCUAUGCUGGUGUAUGGUCGGAGGCAGGAAACCAUGAGGGACGUGCAAGAGCGAGCCUCUCCCAUUUCAGGUAGAUUCUUCACACACACUUCGUUUGAAGCUACAUCGUUCUCAUUUAGUCUGUGUUGAAGCCCUUUAAAUCAGAAAUCAUCAGUCCAACUGGGUCAAGCAGUUGUGUUAAAUAAUCGACCAAUGCUAUCUUAUUCAGUUUUAGAAAAUGGUUGAAAGCAGCUUGCUAGGAGACAUAUACCCCGGACAGCGGAUUUUAUCGAGACGCGCUUCAGUAGCAGGUAUAACAAUGGCUUUCAAAAUAAUAGAUUCAUAAUAACGCUCGAAAUAGUCCAACACCAGAGACUACCAGCAGCGAAAGUUCAAUUAUCUGUAGUACAGUGCACCAUCAAGACAAACAUUAUCAUUAUUCUAUCAAUUUUAUUAUUCAGCCCUUCCACUAUUAUAGGUUACAUUCGUUUACGCAGGUUCCAUAUCCAGACCUACUGAAGCUCUGUUCAAGCAAUAACAAAGACGCUCUAAUAGGCGCAUCGUCGAUUUGGUCGUUUUUGUCACCACGUUUUACGCCGCAUCCUUCCCGUCCAACAGCCGCGGUGACGGUACUCGAAAUAAAGCAGGAUCCAAAUCAUAACUGCACUGGCAACUGUUAGAAUAUACGCUCUGACGAGCUGUCCGGUCGUUGCAGGUCUCCGGCUAUUCAAACGCCAACAGCUCAGACCGAGCCAGAUAGAAGCAGAUUUGUUGUUUAGCUUUCCCUUCCGAGCUUACAUAGUCUUCAUCGCAGACUUCAUGAACUGUCAAUCAAUUACUUUCAAAACUUCUCGGUAAUGGUGGGCAUUGGUCACAGUGACUUACCGAACGUCGUCGGCGUUGGCCAAACGCGCGGUGCGUACAAUGACGAACAUUUUUUGCGGAUCGGUCAGCGGUUGCGGCCGUGGCAUGUUUUUUCCGUGUGUUUUGAGCGCAAUAAUGGAGUGAGGUAAAGACGGAUCUAUCAAGUAGCUGCGAUUUUAGAUUACGGUCUGCCGUGGUCGCUCUUGACGGGUGGCCAUGGUUGUCAGAAAUCGGUAGAUGCCGGUUGCCGGUGUCAUCAAUCGCUGAAUCCAACUGUAGGUUGCCCCCCCCAGUGGGCAUGUGAUCACGCUUUCAGAUUGAAUAGCGUAAUGAGAAGGUGUCGCUGUCAAAAAUCAGCUGUGAUUUUUUGUCAUUGUUGCGGUUACCACCCGCAGUCGACGUAGUUUCUUUUAGUGAAGAUCAGGUUGACAAACGGAAACGGGAAGAUAUGAUUCUGAAAAUUUAAGAAUAAUAGAACAGAUGUUGGCUAUAAAUUAUCACAGGAGUCCACUGGGAUAUUUGUUGGGUCUGCCAUUUUAUGAGGACGGUGUACAUAUGAUCGUGUUAAACUAUGUCUAAUUUAAUUCAAAAUUAGGAGACUGAUUUCUAAUUUAUCGUCUUUUGAGAACAGCCAUGCAUAUCUAGGCUAUAAAAUAGUUGGUCAGACGCAUAAUAUAGCCAGGCUUUUAUUAGCUACAAACACACAGAAGAACUAUAAUAAUACGUUAUUGUUUUAUACAGGCUCUGUCCGACCAUUUUAACACUUUCUCCAUUUAAUCACACCUGCCUUAUAGUAUGUCAUUGGCGGAGCCUGAAUCAGUGACCCUCAGCUUUCCUAGCUCGGGAUUUGAUAGUAGGAAGCACUGUACCCACUUCCGUGGUGUCCCGCGUAACACAUUAAGAAAAUACUGAGUUGAUAUAUGUGGCCUACUUCAUACAAGCAUCUUGGGACAUAGUGUCUUAAAUCGAUAUGAGAUCUAACGGACAACAAUAUGUGACUUCAACUGAGUGACAGAUACACACAGACAGGCUGAUAGAAACCAAGCAAUAGAGGAUUUUUCAAAACAGGUGUGACAAAGAGCAAACGAGGUCCAUUGAAGGCACCUUUGUCCUUUACCUCUUACAAAUACACACACAUACACGCAUAUAUACUAAUAAACAGACACCUGUAGUGAUGGCACUGAUCUACUGACUAACACGUUGCCAAAAGCUUCGCAAAGCUGUCGGCGUCCCUCCGGGGGUUCUCACCCACCCUGGCAGAAGCAUGGAAACACUUCAUCAAGACGUCUAUUCUAAAAGCCUCUUUGAACGAAACCUCUUUAACAGAAACGAUUUACAAUACCACAGUUGUAACCGCCGCUGCUGCUGUGACCGCACUAACAUCAGGAGCAGAAAUUUCUCGAGUCGGUUUUAUCACUUGUAGCUUUACCCCUUUCUGUCAGAGCUUGCCUCCCGUCUCGAACUUUCUUGCAGAGGGUGAUUUGUGCGAGUUUUAUGAAUUGUUGCGGACUUACCACGAUAAAUUACCGAGAAUUACGAGAGAAAAAUAGGCGUUGUGAGAACUUUGGAGGCGCUCAUAAUCUCCUAAAGAAGAUUCUUGUCUUCUGGUUUUUUUUUUUUCGUAAAUUGGACGCUUAUGCAGACACAGUAUAUUGUCUAGGUUCGUUCCGUCCGGGAGACUUACACAAAGUCUCCCGGACGCAACGGACUUUUUGUCGAGCGGUGCUUAGAAUAAAUGGAUACUACGCUCUAAGUACAUUUUUCGAAGGGUAACCUCGAGUGAUGCUACUUUAGCUUUGCUACAUUGUGUUGAAUGUUUCGGUUUACAUGCGAUAAUGAAUAUCUACAUAUGUACGUAUUCGCUGCAAGUCUCGUUUAAAUGGUAAUUUCACAUCGCAACGUUGUUGAAUAAAUGAGACAACGAUAAAAUAUGAUAAGAUACCAUCAAGGCGGACGAUUCACAAACGGAUUAAAUGUCAGUUUGUUAAUUAAUUGAUUUAAUUAAGUGAUUUAAUUAUUGAUUCACAGUGAUUAUGGAUUCAAUUCAAAUAAUUUAUUUAUUUUAUCCCUCUAUCGACUGAAUAGACCAAAGUCAUUAAUCAUCAUAGUUCACCUUAUCGUGAUAUACAAAUGACUGAUAUAGAAACGAAGCCAUGGAUCCGAAAAUGAAACUUUCUUAUUAUUAUUAUAUACACUGAAUGAAGUCUUCAAAUAGUGAAGCUGUGAAAGCGUUAGCUGCCUUUUCGCAUCUGAGAUGCAUGUAUUGUCAGCAACAGGUGCGAUCGUCGACUAUCUUCCAACAUCGAUGUACACCAAACUUCAUCAAUUCAUUGUCACGGAAGUGAGCCAGGAAGAAAGUGAACCAUCACAAAAAUGCGUUCAUUCGAAUGUAUCAAAUAAAUGACGAGACAAGAAAAAGCUCAAAUGAUAACAUACGGGUGGCCCGUCAUUAUCUUCAUCUGUCGUCCUAUGACGCGAGCCAUUCUGCUUUGGGUAAUGCGUCGUCUGCAAGUUUGCGGGUGAUACGUCUUUACGGAUUAAGCGACAGCGUUACAGUACGACAAUAGCCACAGUAACAGCCGAAGAAGAAUGAAGAUGUGACGGAUGUUGAGACAAAUGCGGCACAGGCAGAUGUACAUGUACAACACUUCGCUGCGCUAAGUUGCUAAUGAUAAAUUCUCACCGCCUCAAGGACUACGCAGCAAAAAGGUUUCAGUUUUGUUACCGGACUAAAGCCGUUUGUGUAUCGCCGAUGCUACUACCAUCGUAGCCGGCGGCGGUGGUGUGGAGAUAAUGAGCCAUCCUACCAGAAUCCGUGCGUUUAUUCCCAAUGACAGGAAUCUGUCCAUUUCGAUGAGUCGUCUAGACUAGCAGGAAUGAAACAUGAAUGAAGAAGAGAUUAAUGUUAGUAGUAACGUACAUCUAGCGUUUAUUAAACAAAGAAUAUACGUCGGCAAUGAAAUGACUACGCUGAAUGUUCGGUAUAACGCAAUUGCAGAUAUAUAGGAUAGAGGAAAAAAUCUCUAUACAAUUGAAACGUUCGAGCUGGUAAGAGACAGAUACGAUGAAAUAGGUAGAUGAAAAGUAAUCUGUAUGCGAAGAACGAAGAAACAGUAAAGGUACAUUGGGGUAAAGGGACGAAAUGAAGAUAAAAAAAAAUAAAUGCAUUUGAAGGGCACUUUUAUAUAAUCCAGACUGUUUAAUUUUUGCUGAAUCUGAAUAUUUCUAUAAUUUCUUAUCAAGUUAUUUGUUUUUCGAGUGUAAUUUGGCGCUCAUUUUGAACAGCGGAUCUGCCCAAUGGCGCACGGCUCCUGUGGCAGAUCACGUCACUCAAACUGUUACGCGACAGAAGGGUAGUCGUGGACCUAAUCGGUACGCAGGAAUAGCGUCUACUACCGAAGCUUUCAGGUGGAAUCCUGCUUUCUCUUGGAUCUGCCACGGCAGAUAUCAUGAAGAUUGCCACUUCCUGAGUACCACCGGCUGAAUAGGUGUCCUGUACCAGUUGCAUGACUGCUCCGAGCCAACGAUCAGCAAACUGCCAUUUGCAGUCAUAGGAAACAAUUCAACAUCAACGACAACAAAAAAAAUAGGAGGGAAAAAUCACACGCACCUACAAAUCGCGAUGGAUUACUACGAUCGUUCAGUUAGUCGGGCCCGCGGCCGACUGAUCGCAUCUAGACAAGCCUUCUUCGAACAGGUGGCUUGUCCCCAGUCUGCGCGAAAUGGCCCAGACCCUAACAUGAACAUCACAAAUCUGGUCGACGAAAAACUCGAAAAAUUUACCCGCUCCACGCAGGAGGCAACGAAGAACCUCGCAAAAUCUACACCCGACCUAACGGCGCUCGAGGAGAACGCCAAUAUUAGGGUGAGUCAGCAUCUAUCCAAAUCGCGCGGCAACUUGAACCAGACAUUCGACAGUUCGCUAUUCGUUCCACAACGUAAUAGUGCCACUGUCACCGAGCUGGACAAUCCCGGUUCAGUAUCAGCUAGCAAAUCGUUCAGUUCCUACUUCACCCACAAAAAGCCACCACUUCCACCAAAAAAGCCCUCAUCUCCUCCACCGCCUACACCUGUCAGAGAUUUUAGCAAUGGCGGCAAUAAGGAAAACCGAGAACCGUCUGUGAUCGGCCAGACUCAAGCUAAUUAUACUCAGACAACAACGCCUUUGGGGGCAGCAGUAGGAGCUAAUAGUAUUAAUACCAGCAGCUGCAAGAUAUCGGAAUUCGAUCGUAUCGUCAACUCGAUUAAAUCCACGGACACAUAUCGCCGAUACAAAAAUCAUCCAUUGCUUGCCCAGCCACCGGAUAUGCGUCGACGCAGUAAGAGUCUCGGUUUCCUGGAAUUCGACGAAGACGACAACUGGAUACUGCCGGUUUCAGCAAAGGUGUCCGUUGAGCCGGUGUUUCCUGAACUCAGCGAACGUUCCGUGUCAACGACCCAUCUUGCCAAAAAGUCGGGCAGCUCAGUGGGUGCCGGUGGUUCAUCGGAGGAUGGAGGCGCUAGCGGCACAACCGAUGAUGAAGAUGACGUCCCUAUUCCGUGCAAUCGCUUGACAGCAGCUAAAUCCGAGUAUGAGCUACGAGUUGAAAAAUCUCUUAAAAACCUCAACCUGCCCGAUUGGUACACGAAGUCGAGCCGGCCGUCAAGCCGGGCGUCGAUUUUGUCUGGUCGUGGCACACCUGCCAUGUCUAGUGAGCGAUUCAUCCGUAAUCGACCUGAUUAUGAGUCGUUCCGUAGCGUCCACUCGACGACGAGUGCAAGCGGAGCCCCGAAACGAGAUAUAUCCAUCUUUAGAACGACAACGCCGUCCUGGAGGAGCUUCAGCUCGAUUCGUAGGAGCAGUCCGCCGACGCCAAACUCCGAAGCCGAACAUGAGAGUAUGGAAAAAACUCAGAACUGGAUCAACUCUCAACACUCUACUAUCUCCGACUUACAUCACGAUCAGACUGCGCAGCAACAUCGAGCACAGCAACAAACCACAACGCGGCACAAUUCGUCCAGACGAAUUCCGGCGACGACAUGCGCAUCCACAACAACAAUGAACCCACCCUAUACGGGUUGGCGAAGGACCUGCGAGGUCGGAGUAUCUUCUCCUUUCGAGACCCGCCGAACAAAGGACUUUGGCAGUUCGGACAGCACUGAGUAUUCGUCGUCCUUUGAAGAGAAACGCUAUGGCAGUGAACGCUACUCGUUUGUGCAGGCCGUCAACAACUCGGUUCUUUCCGAAGAUCAGCAAAGCUAUCUUGAGACGAGCUUUGAUUCAUCUGCUCUGCUUACCUCAGAAGUUUACCAUGACAAGAUGUGGAUAGAGACUUCCCUCAUCUCGCGGCCUGUCGAAGGCGGUUUCCAGAAGACCGAUUUUCACGAGACAACUUACAGGGAAGGGAACUUCCCAAAUAAUGACUAUUCGGAUUCGUUUAGUGUGUUCGAAAAACGUGAACAACGACAUCCUGAUGUGGUCUAUAAUAACAAGGAAGCUCCUCCACGACCCACGACACACCAUCCCUUUUCGGGAGGACUUCUCGAGGCGAUCGUGUAACUGUCGUCCGCGGUACCAGCAGAACAAGACGGCUCUCCCGGUUACCAGAAAACAAGCAGCCGUGCAUUAUAUUUAGAGAAUCGAAUAAGGCCCACUGGAAAUCCGGUCAUCGUAGUUCCCGUAGCCAACCAGUAAUCUCGCCACCAUUACAUACGCGAUGAGCGCUCCUUAGAAAAACAUCCGCCUGGGAAAACGCGGAUGUUUUUCUAAGGAGUGGCUUUUCUUAUUCUGUUAUUUUUUUUGUUGUUUUCUCGAAACCUGGGCGGCCGUACUGCGACUUCUUCGGGACCCACAGAUCGACCUACAUGAAGAUCGUGGAAAAGGAAACAGGCACUGUGUAUUUGCCGCACAUAUAUAUACAAGAAAAAUUGCUGACCACCAUGACGAUAAUGAUAAAAAUUAUCUGUACCCCCUACUAGAAAGUAGCCACGGUGCAGCUUGCUUGAAAGCGGAAAAAAAGAUUAACAGAACGGAUCGCGCCGUCUCUACGCGAAUGCGCUGACAAAGAACGCCACUGCUAAGUCUUCGAUUGAUGUAAAAACAGGCGGGCAUUUUAUGUCCGCGGCGGCAAAUACGUUUACUAGAGAAUUACGGAGAGACGAAGACGAAGAAGCGAAAAUGUACCCAACUUGACAUGGCUAUAGUCUUUAAGUGAUUCGUAUAACAAAAGACAAUGGAUGAACUAAUAAUUCAAUAUUAACUAUGUGGAUUGUUUCUGGACGCUACUAUACCACAGCAUUGUUGAAUGUUGAUGAUGGCGUUGAUUGCAAAUAUCGACUCUUUGUUUUUAAGUCAGUAUACAGUAUCGACGUAAAACUGUUUCAUUGGGGUUGAUUAACUUUGUGGCAAAAACCCUAUAUAGGCACAUGGGAUACAUGUGGUCUAGCAGGACUACGGCUUCAAUUAACAAUAAACCGAGUUCAUAGACUGUGAAGAAAAGUAGAAAUAACUAGCUAAAUAAAUAUACGUCUAUGAAAAUCUUUUCAAACGUAUAACCCAGCCCCUAACCUGGCGACCCACGCGUUAGUGGGUCAUGUACAGAAGAGAAAAAUGCGAUAUAAUAUGCAAAUAUUUAUAAAUAUACGAACCGACGUCAGAAAAGAGCAUAUUACUCCGUUACCCAGUGGAACAGUGAAAUAAAUAAAUUUAUAUAUAAGUCACGAAAUAAAGCCGAGUAUUUAUAAUCGAGCAAAUAUUAGUUUAUUAGUAGUACAAUAAAGCGAGGGUGAAGUGGAAAAAUUUUCCGUUAAAAAAGCCAUCAGCAUCUCAGAAAGAGGGUAACGAUACUCACCAUGACAUCGCGCCAAGUUUGCCUGUACACGAAACGCAUAUACAGAAUGUAUCAAAAGCCUCUUGUCAAAUUUGAAAACCUUCUCUUCGAAAUUUUGAAGGUUACUUAUAAUAUAUAUAUAUAUAUAUAUAUAUGGAGGCCAUUACCGUUUUUCUUCCCAUAUGUUACUGCCACCACACUACAGAUAUUAGUCACGACUAUUCGUUGUUGUGUAUCGGUUUGCAAUGCGAUUCUGGUAGAUAGUCCUGCACGAUCAUCUCCUUCGCGUCGUCAUUACCUGGCAGGACGAUGGCUAGCUGUCGAUCUCUCCUUAUAUCUACGUGUCUGCGUUACGCUAUAGAUCGGGAUCAGCGGCCAUACAAGCCGAACCCAGACUAGAAAACAGCACUCCACAACGCUAUCCACCUGCGUGAGCACCGACGGCAAUGACGGAGAUUCUUAGCAGUUUCCUUUUGGCAAAGGAAAAGAAGAGGCACAAUUGAAUGAGGGGUGGAUACAGUGAUGAAUGGACGGACACAGGGAGAUGGACAACGUAAAAAAAAGAGAAUAAGGUAUAAAAUCAGGCAAGACAGCAACAGACAUCAAGAAAUACUCAGGAAACGAACAACAAACGUAGAAAAAGACGUCGCAUAGCAGCGAUAAUAGCGCUAGUCAUUAAACAACAGCAAUCAGGUGCAAGGAGCAUUAAAUACAAAAAAAAAAAACACAAUAUCAGACGAAAGCAGAGCGGCUCGAUAUGCAUGUCGUUAUCUCUCGCCGUACUGAAGGCUUCGAAUGUACCAAUGGUGGCGAUGACCGUCGAAGUCAUAGCAGUGAUAUAAUUUCCACCACUCCAACGGCCUAUGGUAUCGAUAGUGCCAAAAGCGUAGGGUGCCUUAAGGAGAAUCGCAUUGAUUCGCCAUGACUUGGGUUGAUUUACCUUCUUGACUGCGGCGCGAAAAUGGCCACUCGAAAAGUUGCUAUAAUUGGCUGAUUUAGACAGGGAAAUAGCAAAAAAGAUGGACCAUUUCGUUCUUGUUGGAAUUGCUAUUGGGGGCCCGUUUGAUCGCCAAAGGGAUCAGUCACUUUACUUCACCCGAGUUCUCUCCAGUCACUCGCGGAGUUGAAUGGAUCGAAAAUCGCCCAAUACACUCAAGUAGUGAGCGGCCAUGUGAAGUAGAGGGUCGUGCGGAUCUUUCAGGGGAGCAACAGCUACAGGUGCAUGCUUGAUACACAUCGUCAGUUUCGAAUUUGCAGCGGUGGCAGCGUGAGGCCCCUUUCCAUCGUCGCUUGUUGAGGCGUGCUGCUUAUUUCACUGCUUUGUGGUCAUCAUCAAUACAACCCCCUCUCGUUGCCAUAUGGCCGCGUUCAACUGAUGAGUCCGGCUGGUGAUUGCGUCUGAAGUCAAUGGAUUGGUCGGUUACUCGAUGUGAUAUCAGGGUUUUGUUACAACUGUGUACAAUAUAUGAUAAAUUUUGACUUGAUUUUGCCAAGCAGGUUCGCAUACGACUGUUCAAAAGUGGAAACAGCAACAGCAGUAAGCUUCGAAGUUACACAAAUUUCCAGCCAUCUUGUGACAUCGCACCGUGGUGCAAACUACGAUUACGGAAAGAUGGCCGCGAGCUCUUCGCGACCGUCUUUGUGAAAAUGAUCUGUUCGAAAGGGGUGUACACGGGUGUAACUCCCUGUGUCCCCAUCUAUGCACACAAGGUAUACCUGGCCUCCUUGGUUUAAUCGUACAUACUGUCAAUGGCAAGGCUUGUGUUAGCAAACCCGGGCUAAAUCGUUGUUGCCCAAACUAGCUAUUGAUAUGGAUAUACGUGUGGUAACAAAGAGACUGUAAUUAAUUAGCCAUCUCUAAGCAUGCACAAGCCUGGAAGCACAAUAACGACAAAUUUUUGUGCUAUCCACAGCAGUUAUACACGCUCAACGAGCGUUCAGUCUAUGAUGAGGUAGUUGCCAUAGAAAUGGAAGUAGUCUGCCGUCAUUUGGUACCUAAGGAAGGACAGAUGUUACCGAAUUAAGGUAACCGUAAAAUAUAUGCAAAUUCAUCCGGCUGAACUAAAAAAGAAGCAUUUUGUAAUAAAAUACAAAUAGGUCAAUUUCAUAUGAUAUUUGCUCUGAGAAAAUUGAAGGUCCUGCAUGAAGAUAAGAACAAUCUUAUCGAUUCUUUCUUAGCGAUUAAAAAUGCUAAAAUUAAUAAAAUAAAUAGCAAAGUUACGAAACUAGUUUGUCAAAUGGGUGAGUACAGUCUAAACAAACCGCUCUAUGUGUAUCGAAAGUUAGAGUGCUACUUCACAUUUCAUCAAUAAUAUUUAGAUGAAAAGAAGCCUAUAAAUGAUUAUAUAUUAUGGUAUUUUAAACAGUUUCUGGCUGACUGUGACAUGCUAGCCAUGAGUGGGUAACAGAGUAAGCAGACUAGAAAAAUGACCGAAUCUCAUCAAUAAGGCUCAACGAUCGCUUACCUUAGCCUGUUUAUGUCGCCCAAAUAGUUAAACGGUAAAAAAAUCAUAGGUUUAAAACCGGCUGUAAUUAUGAAUGAACAUGCCGUUAUCGAAUAGACCAAGCAAAUACAAAUAAGUAUCCCGUAUGUGACGGGGUCGCUAUUUAAGAUAAAGUCCCUUUAGCAAACUAAAAGAAAGACGCUCGUCGAUCAUUCGUUAAAAGAGCAUAAUCAUGCCCUAUACCCAGUAACAAUGUUAUGGAGGAUGGGCUCAUCGGGCCGAAGUAAAAGUAACAACAUAUUGCUCAACGGGCCCGAACGGUUUCUCACGCAACUCACAGAAAAUACUACCGUGCUUUUGCGUACUUUCGUAGGACAAUGCAACGAGUAUAUGGAUUGGCUGCAAGACCGCGAUAACAACAAUAACUAUGUUAUUACAGGUCGAUAAGCAAACAAAUAAAUAAAUAAUCAUGAAUUAUGUGAAGUAAACUUUUGACGAAGUACAGCUUGCAGAAAGCCGGCCAGGAGUAAACUCUGAGCCUUUUGUAGGCCCUGAUCUUUUACCAAUGUUGAGCCUUUUCGGAAUUGAUGGGUGACAGCAGGGUAACUGGAGCACCGACGAUUUGUGCAACUAUGUCCCACACCCUAAAUCAACAAGUACCCAUUAUAGGUAGUAGUGUCUUUUCUACUAUAAUAAAAAAAAAAACAGCAGCAGAGAACGGAAAUGGUCGUAUUUAUAUGAUGAUUUUUCUUAUGUUUUGUUUAUGUUGUGAGUGUAGGAGCUUCUUUGAUUGGAACUGGAACCAGGCAGCACGAAAAGGCUACGUCGGUAUGGAAUUAAAAAAAAGGCAUUAUCGAGCUAGAGAAUAAUAUAAGGUUUUGCU